GUCCAAAGGUCGCCGUUUCAAAACCAACGCGUAUGGGUACGGCCGGCUCUACCCAUCGCACCACCGCACUGGCUAUCGAUGGAAUGCUUGAAGUGGCCAUAGUCCGGAAGAUCUGAAAACAAGCACAGUCCCCGCAGCCUCAGGCAAGAUCUGAGCUUCCGAUCUACCGCAUCGCAGCUGUCUAAUGUGAAGCUUUCCUCCUCUCGCCGCCUCCAUCCCCCGGGAUUCACCGCUGCCGACUUCUCCCAAACCACCGUACGGACGCCUGUACUCCGUACAUCUCCGCCUUUCCUGAAGAUACUCCGUUCGCACCGCCGGAGACGGUGCAUUUAGGCCUUUUGACGUCGUAUCCCGGCAACCUCACCCCAAGCGGAGUGUCGUACCCUCCUCUCCACCGGAUUUCUCUCCGUAUUUAUAUAUAGUUCGAAAUGAUUAGUUAUGAGCAAGAUCCUGAUGUGGUCAGGUGGGGUCUCCAGUUAUUCGAUGGCGAUCCAUAUUCUAACUACAGUUAUGGUGCCGCCAUUGCCCAAAAUGGACCAGAUUAUUAUCAAAAUCGUCAUCAAGAUCAGUAUUACAAAGAAACUAUAUAUAAUCUAGCUUCCACCCCUGCGCAAAACGAGUACAAUGCUUGUGCUCUUGAGGAAGAACUAUCUCAGCUCUCAAUUUCUGAACCCCAUUCAGACAUCCAUCCGGUGAUCGAUCAUACACAAACACCCUAUUAUUCCCAUGGAUGGUUUAGUCCGCCAAUGGAUAGCUAUGCAUUUGGAAAUGCAAACGGAGAAGAAGAAACGACGGAUGCUGGACCGUCUAGUUCAUGUUCAAGUCCUGGAGAAGGUUCAUACUCUGAAGAGGUGUGGUCCUAUUCUAUUGAACCAUUGGACGAGUAUGAUCUAGAGGGCGAAGUAGGCAAAAGAUUGAACCAAAUGGUUCCUAUUCCACAUAUUCCUAAGAUAAAUGGGGAAAUACCAUCAGUUGAUGAGGCAACUUUAGACCAUCAAAGGCUUCUGGACAGACUGCAGAUGUAUGAGCUAGUAGAGUCUAAGGUUCAAGGGGAUGGUAAUUGUCAGUUUCGGGCUCUAUCUGAUCAAUUUUACCGCACCACUGACCAUCAUAAAUUUGUUAGAUUGCAAGUAGUGAACCAGCUCAAAUCUUUUCGAGAGAUGUAUGAAGGAUAUGUGCCCAUGGCAUAUGAUGAUUAUCUCCAUAAAAUGUCAAAGAGUGGUGAGUGGGGAGAUCAUGUAACUUUGCAAGCUGCGGCAGAUUUGUAUGGUGUUAAAAUAUUCGUCAUAACAUCUUUCAAAGGCACUUGCUACAUUGAAAUAGUGCCCAACAUUCAAAAGUCUGAAAGAGUUAUUUUCUUGAGCUUUUGGGCUGAAGUUCACUACAACUCAAUACACCCCGAAGGAGAUGUUGCAAUAGAUGAUGGUAAAACUAAAAAGAGAAGUUCAGUCUCUGCAAAUAAGCAAUUGGAAUCCCAUGUGAGUUACAGCUGAUGAUGAUGUCUGGACAUGUGACAUGAAAAAGAUCCUCUCAAUUUCGUUCCUUUUUCCACCCUUCACCCCCCUCUGCCUCUAUGAAUAUCGAAAAAUGAAUGGAAUGGCAGGGGUAUAUUUGUCUUCCAUUUUUUUGAAUUCUAUAUACAAAUCACUUUUGCACUCUCCAAUGAUGCUAAUGUGGGACCCACACGAUUUCCGCUCUUCUCAAAAGACAAAUUUAUUUUAGGAAAACAGGAAGCCGUGUGAGCCGGACUUUGUUAGCCCUUUGAAGAGUGCGAAAGUGAUCGUAAUCAAUCAGCUUUUCUCUGCUCCCAAACCCAUCCCAUCUUUAACCAGGGAAUUAUGUAAAGGAUCUAAGGACUAAACAGCGAGCAUGUCCGAGUCCUUUGUUGAUAAAUGGUCUUCUAAACAUACAUAUAAUAAAACAUAAAUCCUUAUUUAACUUUCAUUCUAAUUUGUAACUCGUAUUUAUUUGAAUUUAUUUCUAUUUUAGUACUCGUAGAAACAGAUUCCGUUGUUGACAAUAAAAAUACAUUGUAAAU